AAAAACGCUAAAUCUCAACUUCCCAUAUCCCAAAGCACAAAAAGAAAACCAACAGAUUGAAAAAUGCAAUCUCAUUGCACAGUCUUCAAACCCUAAUUAAUGAUCUUAAAACCCUAAUGGAUUCAACCUUUCUCCGUUUUGCAUCGCUACUACUUCUACUUUCUCUCGCAUCAUCUGCAAACCCUAAUUCCGACUACAACAGUUUGGUAUACAAGAAAUGUGCAAAUCAAACAUUUACAGCUCUCCCAACUAAAUCGCAAGUCCCACAACAAACCCUUUCAUCUUUUUUUCAACAACUGACAUCACACUCCUCCCAAUCAAAGUUCUAUAAGCACGCCGAAGCCAGCGGAGACAACAACGAGGCGGGUAUUUCCGGCCUCUUCCAGUGCCGGCAGGACAUCAGCAAUGAGGAGUGUCACACCUGCGUGAACACCCUUCGUAACUUAUCGAACACCUUGUGCAAAGAGUCGGUUUCGGCUCGUGUUCAGCUGCAUGGGUGCUACGUGCGCUACGAGCUCGAUGGAGUCGACUCAAAGCCCUCCAGCCAUAGAUUAAUGCAGAAGACUUGUGGGAAGGAUUUGGAAAAUGGGGUGGCGGCAGGGUUUGAGAAAAUGAGAGCUGCGGCGUUUGCUGCCUUGGAGAGCGGCGUUGCGGAUGGUGGUGGGUUUUGCCAAACGAGUUAUGAGGCGGUGCAAGUUAUGGCUCAGUGUGUCGGGGGCUUGGGGGGUUGCGUGUGUGGAGAGUGUGUGAGUAGGGCGGUACAAAGUGCUGAAGAGGAAUGUGGUGGUGCUGUUUCUGGGCAGAUUUAUUUGGAGGAGUGCUUCUUGAGCUAUAGUUAUCAUCCAGAUGGGAUACCUGCAGUUGACCACCCAGAUGAUCGAGAAAACAAAGGUGGAGGAAAUGGGGGAAGUGGGAAAAAGGUGGCAAUUCUUGUGGGAGGAGCAGCUGCUUUGGCUUUUGCCUUCAUUUUUCUCUUGUUCGUCAGGUCUUGGUCAAAGAAAGAAGACGACUGUGACUAAAAUUGGUCCAAUUGGAUCUUCUUUUUCGACCCGAUUUCAGACAUUUAUGAUUUGGGCCGGGUUGCUUAAAUUGGUCCAAUUGGAUCUUCUUUUCGACCCGAUUUCAGACAUUUACUAUAUUUAGUUUCUUUUUUGAGCUUUUGUUUUGGU